AUGAGCUCUGAUGCGGAGAUGGCCAUCUUUGGGGAGGCCGCUCAGUACCUUCGCAAGUCGGAGAAGGAAAGGCUGGAGGCCCAGAACAAGCCCUUUGAUGCCAAGAACACCUGCUUCGUGGUGGAUGAGAAAGAGCUCUACGUGAAGGGCGUGAUCCUGAGCCGCGCCGACGGCAAGGCCACCGUGAAGACCGAAGACGGGAGGACCGUCACCGUGAAGGAAGAGCAAACCUUCCCUCAGAAUCCCCCCAAAUUUGACAAGAUUGAAGACAUGGCUAUGAUGACUCACCUGAAUGAGCCGUCAGUGCUGUUUAACCUCAAGGAACGGUAUGCCGCCUGGAUGAUUUACACCUACUCCGGUCUCUUCUGCGCCACCGUGAACCCCUACAAAUGGCUCCCUGUGUACAACCCAGAGGUGGUGGCUGCCUACAGGGGCAAGAAGAGACAGGAGGCUCCUCCACAUAUUUUCUCCAUCUCCGACAAUGCCUAUCAGUUCAUGUUGACAGACCGGGAGAACCAAUCUAUCCUGAUCACCGGAGAAUCUGGUGCCGGGAAGACUGUGAACACUAAACGUGUCAUCCAGUACUUUGCAACAAUUGCAGCUAUUGGAGACACGGGGAAGAAGAAGGAAACAGCCCCCGGUGGCAAAAUACAGGGAACGCUGGAAGAUCAAAUCAUCCAAGCCAACCCCCUCCUGGAGGCUUUUGGGAAUGCCAAGACUGUGAGGAACGACAACUCCUCGCGUUUCGGCAAGUUUAUCCGAAUCCACUUUGGAACCACUGGAAAAUUGGCUUCGGCGGAUAUCGAAACCUAUUUGCUCGAAAAGUCCAGAGUCACAUUUCAGCUCUCAAGUGAAAGAAGUUAUCAUAUCUUCUAUCAAAUCAUGACCAACAAGAAGCCAGAACUGAUUGAAAUGCUGCUCAUCACCACCAACCCCUAUGACUUCCCCUUCAUCAGCCAGGGGGAGAUCGUGGUGAAGAGCAUUGACGAUGCGGAGGAACUCCUGGCUACUGACAGUGCCAUCGACAUUUUGGGUUUCAACCAAGAUGAAAGGGUAGGGAUCUACAAAAUGACUGGAGCCGUGAUGCACUAUGGAAACCUGAAAUUCAAACAGAAGCAGAGGGAGGAGCAGGCUGAACCCGAUGGGACCGAAGAUGCCGACAAAGUCGCUUACCUGAUGGGUCUCAACUCGGCCGACCUGCUCAAAGCCCUGUGUUGCCCCAGAGUUAAGGUCGGUAACGAAUACGUUACCAAGGGGCAGACCGUGCAGCAGGUCUACAACUCAAUUGGGGCCCUCAGCAAGUCUGUGUACGAGAAGAUGUUCUUGUGGAUGGUGACCCGGAUCAACCAACAGCUGGACACCAAACAGUCCAGGCAGUUUUUUAUCGGGGUCCUGGACAUCGCCGGCUUCGAGAUCUUUGACUUUAACAGCCUAGAACAGCUCUGCAUCAACUUCACCAAUGAAAAAUUGCAGCAGUUCUUCAACCACCACAUGUUCGUCUUGGAACAAGAGGAGUACAAGAAAGAAGGUAUCGACUGGGAGUUCAUUGACUUCGGGAUGGACCUAGCCGCCUGCAUCGAGCUCAUCGAGAAGCCCAUGGGCAUCUUCUCCAUCCUCGAAGAAGAGUGCAUGUUCCCAAAGGCGACGGACACCUCCUUCAAGAACAAGCUGUAUGACCAGCACCUGGGAAAAUCCAACAACUUCCAGAAACCCAAACUGGCCAAGGGGAAGGCGGAGGCUCAUUUUUCCCUGAUGCACUACGCUGGCACCGUGGACUACAACAUCUCCGGCUGGCUGGACAAGAAUAAGGACCCCCUCAAUGAGACGGUGGUGGGGCUGUAUCAGAAGGCAUCGGUUAAACUGCUGUGCUUCCUCUACUCCAAUUACGCAGCCACUGAAGCUGAAUCGGGUGGCAGUGGGAGUGGAAAGGGUGGAAAAAAGAAGAAGGGCUCUUCUUUCCAGACAGUGUCCGCUCUUUUCAGGGAGAAUCUGAACAAGCUGAUGGCCAACCUGAGGAGUACUCACCCUCAUUUUGUGCGGUGCCUGAUUCCAAAUGAGACCAAAACUCCAGGCAUUAUGGAAAACCGCCUCAUCAUGCAUCAGCUGAGGUGUAAUGGUGUCCUGGAAGGAAUUCGCAUUUGCAGGAAGGGCUUUCCAAGCAGAAUCCUUUAUGGAGACUUCAAACAGAGGUACAGGUUACUCAAUGCCAGCGCCAUCCCCGAAGGCCAGUUCAUAGACAGCAAAAAAGCCUGUGAGAAACUGCUCGGCUCCAUCGACAUAGACCACACUCAGUACCGGUUCGGAAAUACCAAGGUGUUCUUUAAAGCCGGCCUGCUUGGCAUUUUGGAGGAGAUGCGAGAUGAAAAGCUGGCUCAGCUGAUAUCCUCUACCCAAGCCCUCUGCAGAGGCUUCCUGACGAGAAGUGAAUUCAAAAAGAUGACGGAGAGAAGAGAGUCCUUGUUCAUCAUCCAGUACAACGUGCGGGCAUUCAUGAAUGUCAAGCACUGGCCCUGGAUGAAGCUCUACUUCAAAAUCAAGCCGCUUCUGAAAAGCGCCGAGGCAGAGAAGGAGAUGGCAAACAUGAAGGAAGAUUAUGAAAAGGCGAAGGAAGACUUGUCCAAGGCGGACGCCAAGAGGAGAGAGCUGGAGGAGAAGAUGGUGACUCUGCUGCAGGAGAAGAAUGAACUGCUGCUGCAGUGCCAGGCGGAAUCCGAGAACCUGUCCGACGCCGAGGAGAGAUGUGACGGCCUCAUCAAAUGUAAAAUUCAGCUGGAAGCCAAAAUCAAAGAGCUCGCCGACCGGCUGGAAGAGGAGGAGGAGAACAAUUCGGAGCUGAUGGCCAAGAAGAGGAAGCUGGAGGAUGAGUGCUCCGAGCUGAAGAAAGAUAUUGAUGACCUGGAGCUCACCCUUGCCAAAGCUGAAAAAGAAAAACACGCCACCGAAAACAAGGUUAAAAAUUUGAUGGAGGAAAUGGCAGCUCAAGAUGAGACUAUUGCUAAGCUUUCUAAAGAGAAGAAGGCUCUCCAAGAAGCUCACCAGCAAACCUUGGACGAUCUUCAAGCAGAAGAAGAUAAAGUCAGCACCCUGAGCAAAGCCAAGUUAAAACUGGAACAGCAGGUGGACGAUCUGGAAGGUUCCUUGGAGCAAGAGAAGAAGCUUCGCGUGGACCUCGAAAGGGGUAAGAGAAAAGUGGAGGGUGAUUUGAAGCUGACCCAGGAAACCAUAAUGGACCUAGAAAAUGACAAGCGACAAGCUGAAGAAAAGAUCAAGAAGAAGGACUCGGAAAUAAGCCAACUGCAAAGCAAACUAGAGGAGGAACAGUCUCUGGACUCCCAACUACAGAAGAAGAUCAAGGAACUUCUGGCUCGCAUCGAAGAAAACGAGGAAGAGAUCGAAGCGGAGAGGGUGGCGCGAGCCAAGGCGGAGAAGCAAAGGUCAGAGCUCUUCAGGGAACUGGAGGAGGUCAGCGAAAGGCUGGAGCAAGCUGGCAGCGCCACCGCGGCCCAGAUCGAAACGAAUAAGAAACGCGAGGCGGAGUUCCAGAAAAUGCGUCGGGAUCUGGAGGAGGCCACGGGGCGGCACGACGCCACCACGGCCACCCUCCGCAAGAAACACGCUGACAGCAGUGCCGAACUGGGGGCCCAGGUCGACAGCCUGAAACGGGUGAGGCAGAAACUCGAGAAAGAAAAGAGCGAGCUGAAGAUGGAGAUUGAUGACCUGACUGCCAACAUGGCAUCUGUUUCUAAAUCCAAGUCCACCCAUGAGAAGAUGUGCCGGGUGCUGGAAGAUCAACUGAGUGAGAUGAAGACCAAGGCAGAGGAACAUCAACGCCUUAUUAAUGAUCUGACCACCCAACGGGCCCGAUUCCUGACUGAAAACGGAGAAGUGACCAGGCAGCUUGAAGAAAAAGAAGUCCUCAUCUCCCAGCUGACUCGAGGAAAACAAGCCUUCACUCAACAAACCGAGGAACUCCAGAGACAGCUAGAAGAAGAAUCAAAGGCUAAAAGCGCCCUGGCACAUGCCUUGCAGUCUUCUCGCCAUGCCAACGACUUGCUCCACGAGCAAUAUGAAGAGGAGCAGGAAGCCAAGGCUGAGCUGCAACGGGCCUUAUCCAAAGCGAACAGCGAGGUGGCUCAGUGGCGAACCAAAUAUGAGAGUGACGCCAUUCAGCGCACAGAAGAACUCGAGGAAGCCAAAAAAAAGCUGGCUCAACGCCUGCAGGAGGCUGAGGAACAGGUUGAAGCGGUAAAUUCGAAAUGCGUGUCGCUGGAGAAGACUAAGCAGAGACUGCAAGUCGAAGUGGAAGAGCAAAUGCUCGACGGGGAGAGAGCCGCCAGUGUAGCCGUGGCCCUAGAUAAGAAGCAGAGGAACUUUGAUAAGAUCUUGGCAGAGUGGAAACAGAAACAAGAAGAAUCCCAGGCUGACCUGGAGGCCUCCCAGAAGGAAGCCCGCUCCCUGAGCACAGAGAUCUUCAAAAUGAAAAAUGCUUAUGAGGAAGCUUUGGACCACCUAGAAACAAUGAAACGUGAAAACAAAAAUCUGCAGGAGGAGAUCACCGAUCUCACCGAGCAGAUGAGCGAUACUGCAAAGGCUGUACGAGAACUGGAGAAAGCAAAGAAGCAGCUUGAACAAGAAAAGAGUGAACUCCAAUCUGCCCUGGAAGAAGUGGAAGGAAGUUUGGAUCAUGAGGAAGGAAAGAUCCUGCGGAUCCAGAUGGAGCUAAGCCAAGUGAAGUCUGAAGUAGACAGGAAGGUGGCUGAGAAGGAUGAGGAAAUGGAGCAAUUAAAAAGAAACAACCUCCGGACCAUGGAGUCCAUGCAGAGCACGCUGGACAUGGAGGUCAGGAGCAGGAAUGACGCCCUGAGGCUGAAGAAGAAGAUGGAGGGGGAUCUAAAUGAAAUGGAGAUCCAGCUGAGCUAUUCCAAUCGCCAAGCCGCUGAAGCCCAGAAACAGCUCCGAAACGUGCAUGGUCAGCUCAAGGCUGCUAAUUUGCACCUUGAUGAUGCGGUGAGGGGACAAGAAGACCUAAAGGAACAGCUGGUGAUGGUCGAACGUAGGAACAAUCUUUUGCUGGCAGAGAUCGAAGAGAUGAGGGCAGCACUCGAGCAGACUGAGAGAUCGCGCAAAAUUGCCGAACAAGAACUCAUCAAAACCGGAGAACAAGUUCAACUUCUGCACGCUCAGAACACCAGUCUUAUCAAUACAAAGAAGAAACUGGAGACUGACCUUUCUCAAAUCCAGAGCGAAAUGGAGGAAGCUGUCUUAGAGGCAAGAAAUGCAGAAGAAAAAGUCAAGAAAUCCCUCACUGACGCUGCUCUAAUGGCGGAGGAGCUCAAAAAGGAGCAAGACACCAGUGCUCAUCUGGAGAGGAUGAAGAAGAACCUGGAGCAGACAGUGAGAGACCUUCAGCAUCGCCUGGAUGAAGCUGAGCAGCUGGCCCUGAAAGGAGGGAAGAAGCAGAUCCAAAAACUGGAAUCAAGGGUACGCGAACUGGAAAAUGAACUUGAAGUUGAACAGAAACGGAGUGUAGAAAGUAUCAAUGAUGUUCGGAAAUAUGAAAGGCGGGCUAAGGAAUUAGCCUACCAGUCUGAGGAGGAGAAGAAGAAUGUACUCCGGCUGCAAGAUCUGGUGGAUAAACUGCAGAUGAAAGUGAAAACCUACAAAAGACAGGCUGAAGAAGCGGAGGAGCAGGCAAACAUUCACCUGUCCAAAUUCAGAAAAGUCCAACAUGAACUGGAGGAAGCUGAAGAGAGGGCUGACAUUGCAGAGUCGCAAGUCAACAAAUUUAGAGUGAAGAGUCAUGUAAUUGGGAGCAAGAAGACAAUAAAUGAAGAGUGAAUAAAAAUGGAAAAAAAGGAAAAAAAUAAGCGAGAGUCUCCAAAAUGGAGGUUUCUUUCCAAAUGCAAUGAAUGCUUGUAGGUAUCAUUUCUCUUCAAAAU